CGAAACUCUUCAUUUGUAUUUCCUACAAAUAUCUUCUUUUAUCAGAAAAAAUAAUUUCAUACAGGUUUAUAACAACAAGGGGAUGAGAAAAUAAUGUCAGAAUAUUUUUUUGUAAACUAUCCCUUUAAGUGUUUGCACCGAAUAAUGGUCCAACACUGACACCUGUUGUUUGGACCGGGUCGUGAUAUCAAAAUACAAUUUGCAAAUCUUUAAUCAUCAGGUUCAUUUGACUUUAAAGUUAAGGUAGGAAGAUAGACACCUUUAGAAAGAUUUAACAUGUAAGGUGACAACAUUGUAUCAUAAUAAAUAAAGUUGAUUUAUUUCAGUGUAAUGAUGUGGUGCAGUGACAGUAAGCGGCCACUAGUGGGGCAGCGCUGAAUGGGAAGCGCGUGUUAAACCGGAAGUGGGAUAAAAGAGAAAAGAUUUUUUUCUAGUGCGCUAAGAAAACAUAAGUGAGCAGCAAUGGCGAAUAACAGAGGUUACUCUCGGUUUGAAAACCCAACAGAGGAUUCAGGUGCUCCUCCACCUGUAGGGUUCGUGGUUCCUCCUCCUCCUUAUGAUGCUCCUUCACCUCAUACAACUAUGGGUGCUGGUGUACCUGCUGGAGCUCCGUAUCCUCCACCCACUGCUUUUGGGAAUCACAUGUACGGACAGUCUGGGCCUGGAUAUCAACAAACACCAUAUCCUCAGACAUCAUAUCCUCAAACAGGUCCUCCUAACACGCCUGCGUCGUAUAAUGCACCAAUGACUGAGCCGGUACAGACCGAGCCGCCACCAGGCUAUGAUGAUAAUAACUUCAACGCCUCUCAAAUGGACAACAAAGUCAUCCGCAGGCUGUUUAUUCGAAAGGUCUUUGCAGUUUUGAGUCUGCAGCUGUCAGUAACCUUUGGCUUUGUGGCCAUUUUCACAUUCGAACACCACGUCAAACUCUUUGUGCAGCAGCACGCCUGGACAUACUGGGUCGGGUACUUGGUGUUUCUGUGUCCGUACUUCAUCCUCUCGUGCUGCAGGGACUUUCGCAGGAAGCAUCCGUGGAACCUCAUUGCAUUGAGUGUUUUGACUCUGGCCAUGAGCUACAUGACAGGUGUGAUAUCCAGCUUUUAUGAUACAAAGAUUGUUAUUAUGGCUAUCGGGAUUACGGUGUUGGUUUGCUGUACGGUGAUGAUGUUCUCUCUUCAGACCAAGUAUGACUUCACAUCUUGCGCUGGCGUGUUGUACGUGUGCUCCAUUGUCCUCUUCAUCUUUGGAAUCCUCUGCAUCAUAAUGUAUAACAGGAUUAUGGAUCUCAUCUACUCAUCUCUGGGUGCGCUGCUCUUCACUUGUUUCUUGGCUGUUGACACACAACGUCUUCUUGGGGAUAAGAAACUGUCCAUAAGUCCUGAGGAAUACAUCUUUGCUGCACUUAACCUCUAUACGGACAUCAUCCAAAUAUUUUUAUACAUUCUGCAAAUCCUGGAAAGAAGUCGUCGCUGAAUAACUGAAUUCAUUCCUAAAUCACAACUACUGUCAUUAACGGUGAUGUGUGUAAUACUGUGAACGUAAGAAAUUCCUCCAUAGAUUGGAUUGCUGUGAAUCUUUCCGAACAUAUCUCUUGUUUCUUUUAGCAUUGUUUUUAUAGUUUAUGGUGACACCAGAUACUCAUGGUUUUGGUUGUUAGUUUCAGGAGUCAGUCCCUGCUGGUACAAUAGAUGACUUACCAAUGUGUCAACUAAAACCCUGUUUACACACAAAUUACACACUUCACCUUCACACUGCAAAAAAUGACUUUUUUACUUAGUAUUUUUGUCUUGUUUUCAGUACAAAUAUCUAAAAAUUAUUUUUCAAAUUGAUCAAAGAAAAAAAGCCUAGUUUUCAGACAAAAAAAAAAAAUCAAAGCAAAAACAAGCAAAAACAAUCUGCCAAUGGGGUAAGAACAGAAUUCUUCUUGAAUUAAGUGUUUAAGAAAAAUGUGAACUUAUUUUUAAGAUUGUUUUAUUUUAUUAAAUCUUAUGCUUGUAUUAAGCAAAAUAUUUUUUUUAAAACUAGACUAAUUUUCUUAAGUCUUUUUGCUGAUCAAGAAAAUACAUCUUGAUUUAAGAAUUUUUAAAUAUUUGUUCUGAAAACAAGACAAAAAUACUAAGAAAGUCAUUUUUUGCAGUGCACUUGUUGUGGUUUUUAAGUGUUUCUGCUCUGUUGUUGUCACUUGGAUGCUCUUUUGAUCUUUGGUCAAUCAACUUUUUUAUAACUUUUUUGAUAAACUUAUAUUUUAUUCACAAUAGAAUAUAGAUAACAUAUCAUAUGUAGAAAGUGAGACAUUUUGAAAUGUCAUGCCAAAUAUUGGCUCAUUUUGGAUUUCUUAAAAGAGCUACACAGUCCAAAACAAGUUGGGACAGGUAGCAAUAAGAGGCCAGAAAAGUUCAAUGUACAUAUAAAGGAACAGCUGGAGGAGGACCAAUGUUUAGGAAUAGUAAUGUUGUCCCAUUCUUGUCUAAUACAGACUUCUAGUUGCUCAACUGUCUCAGGUCUUCUUUGUUUUUUCUGAUUUGGGGUUGUAUAAAUAAUCAUAAACAAUUGCAUGUUUUAUUUCUUUAUACACAUAAUAUGUAGUUUAUAGGUGCAUUACAUUACUAUAACUUUGUGUUGUAUUACCUUAUAUUACAGAUUACACUGUUUGAAAAGGGAACAUGUUUUAUUAUUGUUAUUUUGAACAUUUUUUUAGCUGAAAUUCCUCCGCGCGCGCGCGCUUCUACGCAAUUCUGUGCCUUUAUGACGCGUUGUGUUUAUGCCAUAAUUACAGCGUGAUGAUUCUUAUUCUGUAGUUAUGUUUGUUUUCGUUUUCUGAAUAAAAAAAACGUUAAGUUA